AAGAACUGUCCUGCUCUGCACUGCACGACUACUUGGAGUUGAAGCGACAGGAGACACCCAAUCGGCGAUUCGGCAAUACGCAGCCGGCAACUAGCUGUGCCGCCUCUACAAGCGACAAAGGGACGACCGUCGACCGAAGACACCCUGAUCGACGCCAGGCCCACCACCGCGCCAAGCCGCCUCCGCGCUCGUAGCCUUGCACCGCUACACGGCACGCUACCUGGCUAUGUCUCCGUAUCUCGCACUCUAGCCGAAGACCGAAGUGCCUUGCCCCCUGGGUUCGGCUGUGGCCUCCUUCCUAUUCGAUAAUUCACCAUUCUUCCGUCCGUCAAGAGCUGAUGGACCGACCACCUCAUGAUUAUGCUGCUAUGGCGUUUGCCCAACAUCAUCACUCACCGGCUAAUCUGCAACAACAACAGUUUGGCUUCCCUCCGCAACAUCAAGCAUUUCCUCCAUUUUUACCCCCACAACAACAGUUUCCUUACCAUCGCCCACCACAACUCCAUCCUCAUGCCCCACCUCCUCACCUUCUUCACCUACAGCAGCAGCAACAGCAUCAUCCUACCCCUACUCCUCCAUUUCCACCACAUGUUCCUCCUCACCUUGCUGCGUCACCCUUCCAUGGCCCUUAUGAUUCUCCACCACCGCCUGCCCCCCCACCACACGAUCCUGAUCUGCUUAAGCGUAUUGAUAAACUGAUAGAGUAUGCUGUAAAGAACGGUCCUGAGUUUGAAGCCAUGAUCCGCGAGAAACAGCAAGACAAUCCCGCUUAUGGUUUCCUAUUUGGAGGUGAAGGACAUCAUUACUACCGUUUCAAGCUUUGGAUGUCUGCACGACCGCCUGGUGGUGCUUUUAAUUUCCCUUUCCCGCCUUCAUCUAUGCAAAUGAUGCAUCCUCCAAACCCGAUGAUGAGUCCAUCACCUUUAACUGCUCCACAGUACAAUGCCUCACCAGCAUCCGUUCUGGGCCCACCUCAUUUACAUCAGACCACUUUUACACCCUCAUAUGAUCAGCAGUACCCUCAAUCUUUUGGACGUCCUGAUUAUGAUAAUAACUCAUACAGGUCUUACAAAGGUCUAUCUAGACCUCUUCCGCCUGAUAUUGAAAUGGAGUUGAAUAAUGUUCUGAGCAAUCUUGUUGGCACUAAAGAGUCGAUCAAAGGUGCUAAGAAUUGGUUUAUGCAGAGGUCUCCGUUUAUACAUGCUUUGGCUGAAGCUCUUAGAGAUAGGGUGCUUUCGCUGGAUGACUCAGAAAGGCAACUCCAUAUUAUUUACCUUGCUAAUGACAUUUUGUUUGACAGCUUGCAACGAAGAAUUAAUCCUCAUGAGCUUGACAAUGAGGCCCUUGCGUUUAAACCUGUUUUGGCUUCUAUGCUGGCAAGGGUAUACCAUAAUCCUCAGAACAAGGAAGAAAACCAGUCACGAUUACAAAAAAUUGUGCAAUUUUGGGGCGCAAAGGAAGUUUUUGAUCAGGAAACAAUUCAUGCAUUUGAAAAUGAGAUGACCGGUGGCCCACCUCCAAACUCUUUUGGAGUUCCUCAACGUGACUCAUCAACUCUUGCUCCUGAUCCCUCUGCAGGGGGGGCAGAUCAAAGUGCAGUACAGUGGAAGCCUGAUGUGCAAAGCCCACUCCUAAGCUUACAAGAUCAAGACAAACAAGCUCCUCAUAUCCCCCCCAUGGCUACCCAACAGUUUCAUGCCACUCCUGUUCCUCUCGCAUUUCCAAGUUCUAUCCCCUUGCCAUCUUCUCUUCCACCGUCAGUUCUCCCACCGCCAAACCUGCCACCAAAUGUGGGGGAGAAGUUACCCACGUAUCCGUUGUUCCCUCCCGGUCUUAUCCCUGGGAUGGUUAGAAAAAUGCAGAUAGGCAGUGGGGUUCCUUACUCCCCUUUAAGCCCUUUGGAUAUCCCGACCGUUAUACCACCCUCGAACGUUUCUCAGUCUGAAAUCCUUGAAAGGGUGUCGAAAUUCUUCAGAGAGAUUGAUGAGGUUAACCCGUCAGAAGGACCCAUGAAUCCAUCUGAUGGAUAUGAUGAUUAUGAGAGAGAGCCUCCGACCCGUAAAGGAGGGGCAUGUAUUCCACCCCCUCCUGAUCUCCAGAAUCUUGAUGUUCAAAGUUUGGAACCCGAACCAAAUAGAUCGGCCCGACCAGGACUUGGUGCUGAUACAGAUGAGGCAAGUCAAUAUGGUGAUGUUUACAGUUCUUACAGGAAUGAAAGGAGCACCAACUAUCAUUCAUCAGUGAGUGCAAAAGCUCCUCCUUCCAUCAGGUAGUUAGAGAUAGCAUGUGAUGUGAUGAAUAUCUUUGGGUCGCAUUGCAAGUUGUACCAGUUUGAACUCUUGUGUAUCUACACUGCAAUUCUUUUUUCGAUCAUUUGGCAGUUGGCACAAAUGCUUGUCUCCCCACUUCAUUUAGAACUUUUGACCCGCUCCACAUGGAGGCAUGCACAUAGAUCGACAUGUCUAAAUUUUCUCUGGACUUUUUUUGCAAGUUCAGGCUCAUUGAUGAACUAUUUUUGUUAGUUUAAGGACUGAAUGAGACGUUUGGUAAAUCAACGAGCAACCAGUGGUCCAGCGUUUUUAAAUGGAGGUUCAGUGUGUUUUUCUAA